GUCACCCCUAGGCGGAGGCGUCAGUACACGGGCAGCACGAGCACCAGCACCCCUCCCUGGUUUGAACCACCGUCACUGUACGCUCAAGGGAAACGAUCGCCAUAGUGAACUUAAACACGAAGCUCCCGCAGUUAUUCGACCCGUUGCGGAGAGGAUAUCGGCAUACGUUUAAACGCUAUCGGACGGGCAAGAGCGCGUUGUUUUCGUCUGAAACGCGACUCGUGUUUGUGUGUUCGUGGAGUGUGGAAAGACGGCAUCCGGCCUCCGAGAAGCAGGCGAGGGCAGGGACUCGGGUCCGAUCAACGUUUAUCGUCUCUGGCCCCCCUGCUUCCCAGGCCCAUGGAGAAGAUGAAGAGGUUUAAGAGACGCUUGUCGCUCAGCCUACGCGGCAGCCAGACGAUCGAUGAGUCGCUCUCCGAGCUGGCCGAACAGAUGACCAUCGAGGAGAACAGCAGCAAAGACAGCGAGCCCAUCGUGAGGAACGGCCGCCCACCAACAUCUCACAGCAUGCACUCGUUUUUGCACCAGUACACCGGAUCCUUCAAGAAGCCUCCCUUACGCCGGCCGCACAGCGUCAUCGGGGGCAGUCUGGGGUCGUUCAUGGCCAUGCCCCGAAACGGCAGCCGUCUCGAUAUAGUUCAUGAGAAUCUGAAGAUGGGUUCUGACGGAGAGAGCGAUCAAGCCUCAGGGACGUCCUCCGAUGAAGUCCAGUCGCCCACCGGCGUGUGUCUCCGCACCCGGACGCAUCGCCGCAUAUCCAUGGAGGACCUGAAUAAACGUUUGUCUUUGCCUGCUGAUAUCCGGAUUCCUGACGGUUACCUGGAAAAGCUGCAGUUGAGCAGCCCAUCGUUCGACCAACCCCUCAGCCGACGGUCACGCAGAGCUUCUCUGUCAGAAAUCGGGUUUGGGAAACUGGAGACCUACAUCAAACUGGACAAGUUGGGAGAGGGGACGUACGCCACUGUCUUCAAGGGGCGGAGCAAACUGACAGACAACCUGGUGGCUCUAAAAGAAAUCCGAUUGGAGCACGAGGAAGGCGCUCCAUGCACGGCUAUCAGAGAGGUCUCGCUACUGAAGGAUUUAAAGCACGCCAACAUCGUCACGCUUCACGACAUCAUCCACACGGACAAAUCCCUCACGCUGGUCUUUGAGUACCUGGAUAAAGAUCUGAAGCAGUACAUGGACGAUUGCGGGAACAUCAUGAGCAUGCACAACGUUAAGAUUUUUCUGUACCAGAUCUUGCGAGGCUUGGCGUACUGCCACAGACGCAAGGUUCUGCACAGGGACCUGAAACCACAGAAUCUGCUCAUCAAUGAGAGGGGAGAACUCAAACUGGCUGACUUUGGUCUGGCACGAGCCAAGUCUGUCCCCACAAAGACGUACUCAAAUGAGGUGGUGACCUUAUGGUACAGACCUCCUGAUGUACUCCUGGGGUCUUCGGAGUACUCUACCCAGAUCGAUAUGUGGGGUGUUGGGUGUAUAUUUUAUGAAAUGGCUGCAGGUCGGCCGCUGUUCCCAGGAUCUACGGUCGAAGAUGAGCUGCAUCUGAUCUUCAGAUUACUGGGUACACCAACAGAGGAUAACUGGCCUGGCAUCUCAUCCAUCGAAGAGUUCAAAUCCUACAGCUUCCCCAAAUAUAAGCCUCAGCCCUUCAUCAAUCACGCACCGAGAUUGGAUACCGAAGGAAUAGAGUUGUUGUUGUCCUUUUUAAGGUAUGAGUCCAAGAAGAGAAUCUCUGCGGAUGAAUCAAUGAAACACUCCUACUUCAAGAGUCUGGGCAUGCGUUUGCACACACUGCCAGAAAAUAUUUCCAUAUUUACACUGAAGGAAGUGCAGCUGCAGAGAGAUCCCGGUUACAGGAACUCCUCAUACCCAGAGACAGGAAACGGCAAGAACAGAAGACAGAGCAUGUUGUUUUAAGCCGCGUUCCCUCACUCACUUGCUCCUUACGGACACACUCACUCAAGCACACACACACAUUUGACGGAUUAGGUUGUUGGCUCUUAUUCCGUGACUGUGUUUUACAGACUAACUGACUAGCCCCCCUCGAUCUCUGAGAAGAGGGUGUUUAGUGUUCACGUGCGGUGAAAGGGGAUUGGUCGAACCCACUGUCUGUCUCCCCCAGCGUCCCGCCUCCAGCAUGCAGCCUUGAGCCAGAACGCCCCUCAUCUGGAUGCCCCCCUUCUCUCGGGUGACGGUUAGGGUGUGCGAAUGUGCGCGAGCGUGUAUAUAUUUAUUGAUGGGGGAGAGAUGUUUUGCUGCUAAUUGACUACUGUCUCUUCGUAAAUUCCUCACUCUUGGGCGACCCCGAUCCUGGUUGUCAUGGACACAUCAGUUUGAUGUCGAGUUUGUUUCUUUUAUUUUAUUUUUUGAAGAUGCAAUUCGUUAAAAUGUUAAUAUCGCAGCUGUCUGUUUGUCGUCGUGUUGAUUUUACGAGUGUGUUUUGAGUUUGUUUUUUGUUUUUCUGGCACGGUGAGGAACAAUCGCUUCAACCGAAACCGAGUGACACAAAACACCCCCCUUUGAAGAUUCAUUCCAGAUCUUUAUUUUAAGUCACUCUGGAAACAAACCCUCGUCAAUGCAUUGCUCCGAUGUGGGAUUUCUUCUCUACUGAGAAGUUCUGCUCAUUCCAUGACUAUCUCAACCAGAUUCAGAAAAGCUUCGGAAAGCUCCGGAUCGGUCAGGGUUGCUUCUGCAAGCUUGGAGAGUACUAGAGAUUCUGGUCUUCACGGGACGUCCAGGCGGAGCAAAGCAGCGAGUAGAGAGUCGAAAACAAACACUGGACCAGCGGGAACCACGUGACCUCACCGAUCCGUCUGAGAACCGGACCAUCUUUUCUUAACCUCCCUCGUUUUGUUUUUUAAUCCUUUUAGAUUGACAACAUUCUGUCUGAAGUGCUUGUAUGCCAGAUCUUUUGUUUGGUUUCUUUAGGCAUCAUCACAACCCGUUACACGAAUGACUAAAUUCCUAUUAAUGGAUCUCCUCUGUAGCUCCUGAACGUGUGUGUAUGUUCAUGCUUGUACGAGCGAGUGUGUGUAUGUGUGAAUUUGGAGAUCGUUAACUGAACAGAGACGCAUUGCUUUGUGCCAGUGCUGGCUGUGAAGAUGAGCUAGUUUCAUUAACAGUAUUAAGAGUAUUUUUAUUGUUACAUAUUGACCCUUCUGUGAAUAAUGGUCUCUAUACGUGGCAUGUUGGAGUUCCACAUUCGUGCUUGAUUUUAUUCAGAAGAGAAACAUAUUGUGUGGAUUUAAAAAAGGAAAAGUAACAACAACAACAAAAAAAAUGUAAAUUUCGACAGCUGCAUAUUGGACCAACGUUUCUUUUUCCCAGCAUUUAUAAACAUGAAGAUGAACAGGUUUUAGAUGACUGUUUUUUUUUUCUUUUUAAACUGACAGAUGUUAAUUAAUGUUGUAAUAUUGGAGAUGAUCGUUUCUGGAGAAUGCGUGCGUGAUUGCGCGUGUGUACGUGACGCAUGGAAUGCGUGGUGUCUGUAAGCUCCGCCUCCGUGAAACACUGACGCUCGCGCUCCCGGCCGAAUUGACCGUUUAACUCUUUGUACUGCAGAUAUUUAUUUCUUAUUCAGUGAAGUAAACAUGGUCUGUUUCAUACAAAGAA